CCGGCACUCCGCGCUGUCCAGUCGUCCUGCGCACGUACACCGAAAUGGCGUCGGCUCCAGAUUACAGCUCGUACAACCAGACCAGCGCCCAGCAGGGGUAUGCCUCUUAUGCUGCGCAGCCCUCACAGACUUAUGGACAGUCUGCACAGCAGAGCUAUGGCCAGCAGAGUUAUGGAUCCUAUGCCCAACCUGCAGCAGCUGACAGCAGCUACACCCAGACAACUCCUGCUGCUGGAGGCUACCCUCAGCAGCAGCAACAGCAGUAUGGAUCCUCAUAUGGCCAACCAGCUUCAGCUGGCUAUCCUGCUGCUCAGUCUACAACUCACAGCUACUCAUCGUCCGCCCAGGGUUAUGGAGCAAGUGGUUAUGACAGCACUCCAGCUGCUGCUGCUCCAGCUGCUUCCCAAUCUUAUGGUUCUCAGCCAGGCUAUACUGCCCAGUCUGCUUACCCAGGUUAUGGCCAGCAGGCUGCUCCCACUACACCGCAGAGUUACAAUGCUAACGGCCAGCCGGCUAGUUACAGCCAAAGUAGCUACACCGCCCCAGCAGGAUAUGGGCAGCAACAGGCUGGUUACCAGGCCCAGCAGGCAAGCUACAGCCAGCAGCCAGGGUACCAGCAGCAGACCCAGCAGCAGUCCCAGGCUCCCCCUGCUUACCCCCCGCAGGCUGCUGGCUCCUACGGACAACCUCCAGCCAGUCAGUAUGGCCAACAAGGUGGACCACCGAGUUACCAGUCCAACCAUUACAAUAAUUACCGACAGGAUGGCCAGGGUAGUGGUUCUGGUUACUCUGGCUCAGAGUCUUCAAGGUACUCAGGUUCAGGGGAGAGCAGGGGCCCCGGCAGAGAAGGCUUUGAUCGUGGUGGAAUGAUGCACCGUGGGCGCGGCAUGGGUCGUGGCAUGGGCGGCGCUGGAGACAGAGGUGGCUUCAGUAAGCCUGGUGGACCAAUGAGCGACGAGCGUGAAAUGGGACGCCCUGAAGAGCAGGAUGACUCAGAGAACAGCACCAUCUACAUCACAGGCUUGUCUGAGAAGGCAAACCUGGAGGAAAUGGCUGAAUUCUUCAAACACGUCGGUCCGAUCAGGAUGAACCGCAGACUCGGCCAGCCAGCCAUUAACAUAUACACAGACAAGGACUCUGGAAAGCCCAAGGGAGAUGCCACUCUGUCCUAUGAGGAGCCGGUCUGUGCUAAAGCGGCUGUGGAGCACUUUGAUGGAAAGGAGUUCCAAGGCCGAAGGCUUAAGGUUUCCAUGGCACGCAGGAAACCUAUGAUGGGUGGAAUGAGAGGGGGCAUGCCAAUGCGAGACGGUAUGAUGGGUCGUGGAGGUAUGAUGGGCCGCGGAGGAGACCGCGGAGGGUUCGGGGUACGAGGUGGUCCCCGUGGAAUGGGCAGAGGUGGACCCACAGGAGGCAACAUGCAGCAAAGAGCUGGGGACUGGGAGUGUCCUAACCCGGGUUGUAGUAACCAGAACUUUGCCUGGAGAAUGGAGUGUAACCAGUGCAAAGCUCCCAAACCAGAAGGGUUAGGCGGUGGUCCUCCGUUUCCCCCUGGUGGAGACCGUGGCAGAGGUGGAAUGGGAAUGCGUGGAGGCCGAGGUAUGGACCGAGGUGGGCCAGCAGGUGCAGGCGGCCCAGGUGGCCCCGGAGGUUUCCGUGGAGGCUGGGGAGGUGACCGUGGUGGAUUCAGAGGACGUGGUGGAAUGGAUAGGGGAGGCUUUCGUGGGGCUGGGCGUGGAGGACCCCCCAUGGACCGAAUGGGUGGCAGAGGUGGAAGAGGAAUGGGCCCACCAGGUGGCAAGAUGGAAAUGAGGGACCAUCGCCAGGAGCGCAGAGAACGACCCUACUGAAGGACGACUUCAUGACCGUUCCUCUUGUGGAAUUUGAUUUUUAUGGCGCAGAUUUUUAAUUUAUGAUUCCAUAUUCCAAUGGUUAUAGAACUGCUGUCAAACAUCCUGUGCAGUUUCAAAUUGUGUUUCCAUAUAUUUUUUUUUAAGUUUAGUAUUCCAUGUUUAUGCUGCAUCUUGUAUUGUGCAUGUUUUUUUUCGUUGUUGCUUUUUUUAAAAUUCAUAUUAGUUUUCACUUUGUAUUGUAAAAUGCAAUAUUUUUCAUUCAUUUGCAUAAUUGCCUCCCCUUUCCCAUAAGUGACAGUUGUAUUAUGGCAAAUUUGGGAAAUAAAAUUUUACCGAUUUCACGUCUUUGUGAUGUUAGAUACUCACGUUUACUAAAUAAAUUCAUAAAGGAAAUGCC